GCAACAAUAUCAAAUAAUAUUCGAUAAUUUCUGCUUUAUCUGCUGCUUACUACCAGCGCGAGUUCUGAUUGGCUGCUGCUUUCCUGCUUUCUGCUUUUCAGUCAAGGUGUGAAUUCUCCCUAAGUUGGAGCGAGACAAAUAUAUAUAUGUCUCAUUCUAACUUAAUGCACCAGUUCAGUAGUGCAGUUAAAAAGAACAGACUGCAUAUGUCUGACUGCGUCAUCGCGAUCGCCAAAGGAAAGAGUUAUUGCGAAAAAAGAGACAUAACCUAACUUAAUUAAAUAUUUUCAGUAAAGGAGCUUAGUAUAUAGCGCAGAUUAACUGCGAUCUUAUCCUAAUCAUGGAGUUGAAUCAGUCUAUAUUAUUGCAAAAACAAGUGAAAGACAAUGCGGAAAAUCUACAGAGCGAGUUUCUCGAUAUGAAAUAUUGGGAAGAGGCGAUGAAAUUGAAAGAACGAAAGCUGUUGAACGAACGCGACGAGCCGCAAACAUUACCUCCAAUCAGAAAUAAGAAGAAGCAUACAACAAAGGAAAGUGAGGAAGCUUAUAACAACUUGGGAAAGAAAGAUCAAUGCAAUGAUUCUUCAGAAUCCUUAUUUAAAGUAAAUCAAUACCUUCAAAUACAGAAAGAUCAUGAGAAAGCAACAGAAUAUAAGGAGGAGGGCAAUCGUUUUGUGCAGCAAAAAGAAUGGGACAAAGCGAUUGUUUCAUAUAGUAAAGCGAUUGAAGUCUUUCCUUAUGAUGCUGUCUUUUAUGCGAAUCGUGCACUCUGUUACUUAAAGCAAGACAACUUGCAUUUGGCACAUGAAGAUUGUUCAUCUGCAAUAGAAAUGAAUGAUACUUAUGUGAAAGCUUAUCACAGACGAGGAACAGCUAGGAUGGGAUUAAAGCAAUACGAAGAGGCGAAACAAGAUAUACAGAAGAUUUUGCUAUUAGAACCUUCUAACAAGGAAGCAAAAGCAUUGCUUAAUCAAGUUAAUAAGCAACUUGAGCAUUCAAAACCAGUCAUUAAAUCUGGAGAAGAUAUAACUGAUGACAUAUUAGUGGAGAAAAAAAUUGCUAAGAAAAUAUUGGGUGAUGUAAAAUCAAAUAAGAAAAUAAUUGGAAACAAAGUAGACAGUAAUAAAGAGAACGACAUGAAAUCUACUGUAGAACCAACAACCGGAAGUGUGACAAGACAAAAAGGAAAUUCGCGUAUUCCAGAUUGGCUGCCGGAAAAAGAUAAUGUUAAAAUUGUAGAACUUGUUGGAAAACCACCCCAUUUACGUUCAAAGGAACCAUUUAAAAAAGUUCCUGUACAGGAGGCUGAUUUGAGUAAACCUUUUAAAGAGGAAAUCGAAACGUGCAUCGCUAAAGAUGUGUUAAAAACUAAAGACGUAGAAUUAUCAGAUGUGUCUUCUAAUGAUACCACAAAGUGUCUUGAAAGUGUUACUAAAAUUGAACCUGAAUCGAAAAAAAAUUUCACUGAGAAUUAUACAGAAGUACCUCCUGUUCCCAAAACUGCAGUACAAUUUGUUAUAAAUUGGAGAAAAUACACUUCGUCCGAUAUUCGGUAUAGUUAUUUAAGACAAUUGCAACCAGGCAGCUUACCAAAGAUAUUUAAAGAUUCACUGGAAAGCAGUAUUUUUAGUGAUAUAUUAACAAUACUUAAGACAGAGUUUGUAAACAGACAGGAACCUGUAUUUUCGUAUUUAAAGGAUCUUAGUAAUGUUAAAAGAUUCAAAGCACUUGUCAUGUUUAUAAGUAACUCAGAGAAACAAGACUUGAAAUUCAUGUUCUCGUAUUGUAAAACACACGAAAAGAUAUCCGAGGAAGAACUUGCGGAGAUGCAAAAUAAAUAUGAGAUUUAGAAAGGUAUGCCAAGAAUAGAUUAGAAUUAUAGAUUAUUAUAAUCUAAACGAUGAAAGAAUAAUGAGAAAUAAUAAUCUAAACGAUGAAAGAAAAAUAAAACGUUCCAAGGGAACGUGAUGAUUGUUUCUUGUUAUAGAACACUUAUUGAUUAUAUCAAACUACAAAGAGAGAAAGUUAAAUGGAAAUAUUUUUUCUGAGGUAAAUAUUUAUUUUUUAGUGAGGUGUGCAAAUAGCUAUCGAUUAUGAUUUAUAAUUACUGUUAGAAUUUAAACAAUAUAUCGAUUCAAACAAUAUGAAAUAAUUAAGCACGAUACAAAUUUUUGUUCAAAAUUUCAAUGUUUUAUUAAUAUAAAUAACAUGUACAACAUAAAGUGUCUAAGUGUUAAACGUACAUCUACUAUGGUUAUAUAACAUAAAUAAAAACGUCUCGCAUAGGUAAAUAUUCUUUAAAUCUCUCGAGAUAUGUAAUUUGUAAUAAAACGUCUAAUUAUAUA